UACUCCCACUUCUGAUCACACUAUUCUUCACUCACUUCUUCCAACUACUCUCUCUCCGGCCAUGUCUACAGCCGAACCACCAUUGUCGGCUACCGGUGUAGGUCUCGGGUACGGCAUUGCCAUUGCCGUAAGCAUUCUCGUCCUGAUCUCAACGAUCAUGUUUGCCUCUUAUGCAUGUGUUAGAGUUAAAGCCAAUGGUCGUAGCGAUAAUGAUAGUAACAAUGGUGGUGAUCAUAACGACGACAUGAAUGUUCAUAGGUCAGAUCUUCAAUCCGCAGCGAGAACCUCAAUGGAGCCAGUGAUAGUUGUGAUGGGCCUAGAUGGAUCCAUCAUAGAGUCUUACCCAAAGACGGUGCUCGGAGAAAGCGGGAGCCUACCCAACCCCAACCACGGCCCGUGCUCCAUUUGCUUGUCCGACUACCUGCCUAGAGAUACCAUAAGGAGCAUACCCGAUUGCCAUCACUACUUCCAUGCCAAUUGCAUUGAUGAAUGGCUUCGAAUGAGUGCAACGUGUCCUCUUUGUCGGACAUCUCCUGCUCCAUCGGCAACUCCCACUCCUCUUGCUACUCCAUUGUCUGAGUUGGCCCCACUGGCCUUCCAUACCAGGUGAUUGAUUCUGUAUCAUUUUUUAUUUUAUUAAUUUUCAAACUAAUAUAUAAAAAGCAUAAAGAUUUUCUCUCCCUUUUUUUUUUUAAGGAAAGUUUUAUUUAUUUAUUUACUUUCUUCCUCCAUUCUCUCUUUUCAAGUAGUUUUGUAAAUUGGAUGCGUUAAACUCUUAUUUAUAUAUUUACUAGGAAUUUGUACAUUUUCUCGAAAAUAAAAACAAAACAAAACGAAACAAAAUAGCAUGAUCGAGGUGUUCGUAAUUCAUAACCCAAUACCUUGAGAUUGGCCGAGUAUAAUUUUCCUUUUCCUAAGGGACCCAUUAAAAUCUCUAUUUAAAUAUUUGUUAUUAAUGUGUAUUUAUUCUCUCUCAAAAGGAAAAGAGAAAAGUAGAUAGACAG